AUGGUCGUUGGGUCUCCGUUUGGGGUAUUUGGUAUCCGUAAGGCUGUGGAAUGGCGUAAACCGGCGGAGCUCCGGGGGAGUGAGAGUGGAGAGAAUAGGAGAAGGGGGCUCGGGUCUGUGGCCCUCGAGUCUAAUGCCAUGGCUUGCGGGGAAUGGCUCGGCUUUGCCUGGUUAAGCUCGGUUCUCAGGUCUUUCUCUCACGCCAUGGAUGCUGAUGUAGGCUCCCUGUUUCGAUCUCCUGGUAUGCCUCGGGUCCUCUCGGUUGCACUCCCGCCGGCGGCUGCUUGCACUCGGCUAUGA